AUGAGCACUCAGGAGCAGGAAGAAGCAGAGAAGAAAUACGACCCACUUGACACAACUCUGAAGUUUGUUGACAGGGGGGACGACUUGGAUCCAGUGUCCUCAGAUUUUUUCUCCCUCCGAGCAGAGAUGUCCUGCGGCCACGCCGUCACUCCUGAAUCUCUGACCCAGUGGUGUCGCAGCCAGCUGAACGAGGGCAAUUAUAAAUUCAGAUGUCCUGCGUUGGUGGACGGCAUCACGAUGUGCAAUAAACUGUGGUCGUACAAGGAGGUGCGCAGACUGGCGGAUUUGGAUGUUGAGGAAAUGCAGUAUUUUGAGGAGAACAUGGCCCGUUUGGCUGUAGCAGAAUACUGUGAGGUUCAUUCGUGCCCAAGGUGCAAGACCAGUGUGGAGAGGAAGAAUCUGUCCAACCUGUGUGUCCAGUGUGUCGUUUGUACAGCGGACCUGAAGAAGUCCUACCAGUUCUGUUGGCAAUGCGACAAGCCUUGGAAGAGCCCAGGAGCUGGAUCAGGCCGCUGCGGCAACGACGGCUGCGUCAACAAGGACCUACAGAUUCUGUGGACGUGCAAAACCAUCAGUCUGUUCGACGUCGUAGGCGUCGAUAGCUGCCCCUCGGUCCGAGCCUGUCCGGUGUGCGGUCUAAAGGUGGAACACAACCAGAAGUAUUGCAAAAAUGUUGUGUGUCCACGCUGCAAAGAGGAGUUCUGUUUUGUAUGCCUGAAACUAAAGCGUAUCUGUUGUCAAACCAGUUCGCCGUUUACAAUCUGUCCUGACGGUGUGGCUCCGAGACAGACGUCUAUUCCCGUCUGGAAGAAAAAAAUAACGGGAAAAUAG